GUCAUACAGUGACGAACUCUCGAGUCUUCAGAGCUGAUCAGAGAUUUAUUUCGCCCCAAACAAACAAACAAACUAACAGCGGAUACUUUUGAAAACUGAACAUAAGCUAAAAUACAGUCAGUGAUUCCUGAAGCUCCGGUCUCAGGUGAACUGCAGACACACCCACAGCACAUACACACACACGCACACGCACACACACACACACACUGAAGAACCGGUUUAGUUCAGGUUUUUCCUCACACACCCGUCACGAUCCAGCAAAGCAGUGGAUAAACAGCAGAGCUUCAUCAUGCAGUGUCCUCAGUCCCCGGGGCGGAUGCUGUCUGAGGAGCAGUUCUCGUGCUCCAUCUGUCUGGAGGUGUUUGUGGAGCCGGUCUCCACGCCCUGCGGUCACACCUUCUGUAAAGCCUGUCUUGAGGGCUUCUGGAACCACAGCAAGCGCUUCCUCUGCCCCAUGUGCAAGAAAACCUUCUCCAGGAAACCCGAGCUCAGCGUCAACUGUGUGCUGGCGGAGAUCGCGGAGCAGUUCCAGGGUCUGUCUACGGUGUCCCGCGGUGCCGAUCGCUCCGGUGCUGAGUUCGGGAGUUCACAGCAGAAAGACGAUGAUCCGGGAGACUUCGCCAAAGCUGGAGACGUACCCUGCGAUGCCUGCAUCGGGCGUAAGAUGAAGGCGCUGAAGUCGUGUCUGAGCUGCCCGGGCUCUUUCUGCGAGGCUCACCUGCGGCACCAUAAGAAGCUGAAGAGCAUGAGUUCACACAAGCUGCUGGAGCCCAUACACAACCUGGAGGGCAAGAUGUGCAAAACACACAAGCGGCUGCUGGACGCCUACUGCCGCAACGAGCACACGUGUGUGUGUAAGGAGUGCGCGGAGUCAUCACACAAAGGCCACGACGUGGUCUCCACCGAACGAGAGUGGAAGAAGAAGACGAGUCAGCUGGGAAAGAAGAGGUCCGAAUUAAAGCAUCUGAUCAAGGAGAGAGAGAAGAAACUGGACGAGAUCAAGCAGUCCAUCAGAGUCAUCAAGGAGAGCAGUCAGCGGGAGAUGGAGGAGAGCUGGGCUGUGUUUGCGGAUCUGCAGCGGCUGCUGGAGCAGUCUCAGGCCGAGCUGCUGGAGCUCAUCGCCAGCCGGCAGAAACACGCCGAGCAGCAGGCCAAAGAUCUGGCAGCGGGUCUGGAGCUGGAGCUCAACACACUGAGGAAGAGGAGCAGCGAGCUGGACGCCCUCGCUCAGACGCAGGACAGGGUGCUCUUCCUACAGUUCCUGCCGUCUCUACCCCCACCCCCCGAGCCAUCUGAUUGGUCAGCGGUUUCCAUCAACACAGACCUGUAUCUCGGCACCAUCCGGAAGGCAGUCGGUUCUCUGACCGACAAAUUCCAACAUGAGGUCAAACGGCUGUAUGCGAAAGAACUCAGGAAACUGCAGAACUAUGCAAGUGAGCUGAUUUUGGAUCCUGCCACGGCUCAGCGUGAUCUCUGUCUGUCCGAGGAUGGAAAACAAGUACGAUAUGAAGAGCAGCGUAAAAACUCCAGCAACUCCGACACGCCGCGGCGCUUCAGUCCAGCGCUGUUUGUUCUGGCGCGUGAAGGUUUCUCCUCCGGCAGACACUACUGGGAGCUGGACGUGGGACACAAGACGGCCUGGACCGUGGGGUUGGCCCGAAGCUCAGCGCGACGCAAGGGAGAGAUCAGACUCAAUCCUGAAGGCGGAUUCUGGUGUUUGUGGCUGAAAAACGGAGAAGUGAAAGCGCUGACCGGAAGCAGAGUGGCUCUCCAUUUGACCUCGCUCCCCCAGAAACUAGGCAUCUUUCUAGAUUACGAAGCCGGUCAGGUGUCCUUCUAUGAUGUGAAGACGCACACUCACCUGUACACGUUCAUCGACGCGUUCACUGAGAGCGUUUAUCCCAUAUUCAGCCCGUGCCUCAACCAGGACGGCAAGAAUCCCGGAGCGCUGGUCAUCACCGCCGUCAAACACAGCUGAGUUUCGGGAAAUAGGGAUUGAAGACUUCACUAAUAGACAUAUAAUGCACUUUUUGUUCAAUGAAGAAGUUUAUAAUGAGGAGUGGGAUCUUAAAACAUCAUCUAGAGCAGGGCUGUCCAAACUCGGUCCUGGAGUGCCGGUGUCCUGCAUAGUUUAGCUCCAGCUUCCUUCAACUCACCUCCCUGGAAGUUUCUCAUUCAGGGUUAUCCAAACUCAGUCCUCGAGGGCCAGUGUCCUUUAUAGUUUAGCUUCAACCUUCUUCAACACAACUGCCUAAAAGUUUCUAGUAUACCUAGAAAGAGCUUGAUUGGCUGAUUCAGGUGUGUUUAAUUGGGUUUGAAACCAAAAUAUUCAGGACAGCGGCCCUCCAGGACCGAGUUUCCACACCUCUGUUCUAGUAUACCUAGAAGGAGCUUGAUUAUCUGGUUCAGGUGGGUUUAAUUGGGUUUGAAACCAAAAUAUUCAGGACAGCGGCCCUCCAGGACCGAGUUUCCACACCUCUGUUCUAGUAUACCUAGAAGGAGCUUGAUUAUCUGGUUCAGGUGGGUUUAAUUGGGUUUGAAACCAAAAUAUUCAGGACAGCGGCCCUCCAGGACCGAGUUUCCACACCUCUGUUCUAGUAUACCUAGAAGGAGCUUGAUUAUCUGGUUCAGGUGUGUUUAAUUGGGGUUGGAACUAAAAUAAGCAGGACAACAGCCCUCCAGGACUGAGUUUGGAAAUAUGAGAUCAGAUUUACUACAAAAAUGAUCGAUGGAAAAAUAAUAAGCGUAAAUCAAGAUAUUUAAGACGCAUGUUAAAAUAUAACGCACAAUAAAGAAAACUAACAGCAUGAUAAUAAACAAUGAGGUCACAUAUUGAAAGAUAAUGAGUGUGGGUCAAAACUGAUAACCCGUUUAAAAUGACACUGCAGGGAACCGAAACCUGAAGUUCACAAAUUGGCAAUGAAAUUAGUUUUUCCGCUCAUAAUUAACAUUUUUACGUGUCUAUUUUCUGUCUUAAACACGAGUUAAAAUUAUAACGCAAAAAAAAAAAAUGCAAAUUAAUGCAGGAUGAGAAACAACGAGGACCUGUAUCGUGAGAUAAUGAGCAUCAAAUUAAAAACGUUUAACAUUAUGCUGCACAAAACUGAACAGUUUUUCCGCUCCUAUUAAAUUUGAUUUGUGUGCUUAUGGGCUUUUCGGUCUUUAACAUGUGUUAAAUUAUUACAACACACAAAACGGAAACUAAAUGCAGAAUAAGAAACAACAAGGUCACGAAUCAAAAUCUGAUAAGUGUAACCAUGCCGGUCCUACACCACCCAACACGCUUCAAGCUGGGAUCGAACUCUCCGCAUGGGAGUCAGUUGCUCUAACAAAGAGACUAAAGACCAUGGAGUCUAGCAUCUGUCGCUCUAGCUACCCUCUGUUACACGAGCGUGGAUCAAAAAUGAAAACGUUUAGAAUGACAGUGCACAAAAUGGAAAUCUGAAUUUUACAAUUAGCGAAGAAAUCAGAUGUUCCGCUCGGAUUUAAAAUAUUAGUGUUUUGUCCGGUCUUUAACAUGUUAAAAUUAUAACUUAAUUUUUUUUUGCGCUUUCACGCUCAUAUUUAAUUGUUGUGUAUUUACAGUAUUUUUUCACUUUACUCUCGUUUCACAUUCUGCUCUUGCAUUUCCAAAAGAUGAUGUUCGAGAUUUAUUUAACUCAGGGCGAGCUUAAGCAUCAUCAUUGGUCCACUUGUUUUGAUUGACAGCUGCUCCUUUAGCCAAUCAGUGGAAGGGGACCUUGACAUCACUCCAGUGCAACUUGUUAAUGCUCAGAGAUGCAUUUGUUUCCAGGCGUUUCAGAUAAUAUAUAAAAUCAGACAACUGGAUGUGAUCGCAGGUUUCAUAUCAA